GCGAGAGGCAGGAGAGCACGAGGGAGGCGCAAUCGACCUGUCGAAAGAGCGCUUGCGUCCGUGGACACCAAGCAGGCGCGCAUUCACCUAUGGACCAAACGGAUAUUUGAUCUGUCAUCGUUGGGGAAUCGGCAGAAACAGUAUUCCAUGCCUCUCCUUCGCCUGGUCAUUGAUGGGAAACCAACUAGACCGGAUCACCCAUCUCAACUACAGCGAGCUACCCACCGGAGAUCCGGCGGGCAUUGAGAAGGACGAACUGCGGGUCGGCGUGGCUUACUUUUUCUCGGAUGAAGAAGACGAACUGGACGAGCGUUCACAGUCGGACAGUUACACCAAGGACAACAACAGCAGCCCAAGCAAGGACGGUCCCGUGUCGGUCGACGAGGUCGAGUACUCUGCCUUCUGCUGUCAGGAAUGUAUUUUCUCCAAACUGCGAGAGAACGAGGACCUGAACGUGUACUCGGUGAAAACUUUGCUCACCAUGUGCAAGCCGGGUGAUCUGCUGGAGCUGGUGGGCAAUGCCCAGCCGCCUCACUGGGCGAUAUUCGUGCGGGAGGAUCAGAUCAUCCACCUGCACAAAGGCGAGAUCCGUAAGGACAGCCUGCCGGAGAUAAGCAGCGGCCGCCAGGGCAGGAUUGUGAAUAAUCGCUACCGCUAUCGGUCGCUGCCCGCGGAGCUGGUUAUGCAGAAUGCCUGUGGACACCUGGGGCUCAGUAGUGCCGAGAUUUGCUGGACGAACUCGGAGAGUUUCGCUGCCUGGUGCCGCUUCGGGAAACGGGAGUUUAAGGCUGGGGGAGAGGCGCAUUCCGCCGAGCAACGUUAUUUCCUCAAGGUGCACCUCUCGGAGACCACCGUGCACACACUUAUGUUUCGCAGCCUUGAGGAUUUGAUACGGGAGAGACGAAGGGUGGACGCUAGUGGAAUUCUCAAAGAGCUGUCGUUGGUUAAUGGGAAAGAGUGAUACCUUAUUCGAUUACCAUGGUCUGGUUUCCCACCCUUACAAACCCCUGUGGACCUGUUGGGACUCUGCAUGCCUACAGUGAGGGCUGGCGUGCUGGUUUUGCCGUUAUGUUGGAUAUUUGGAGUUUAAGCCCGCCUUUUUAAAGGACAACGCCCAUUGUUUUUGUGAGAGGGUUAAAGGAGUUCGAUAAUAUGCCAUCAAAAGUCACCUUGUACCUUUAAAAAAGUAACUAACACACACACACACACACACACACACACACACACACACACACACACACACACACACACACACACACACACACACACACACACACACACACACACACACACACACACACGCUCUUCAGAGUGAAAGAAAAGCAACUCGCAACUGCAUUUCAGCGCGCGCUCUGCGGCAAGACACUUGCUUCCUCAGCCUGCGCUGCCUGGCGCCCUCGUGCUUUGACGUUAUUUUUUUUUAUUAACCCCUUCCUCCACUGAAAAUGCUGGAGCAUCGGAGCUCACGACAGAUGCGGUCAGCCUCUUUUUUGGCCAUAACAACCCUUUCCAGCUUCAUCUUUCCCUGCUUCACAGACUUAAAAACAACAACUUUGCGCCCUGCUCCUCAGAAAAGGUGGCUAUGACAACCACUAUUUUAGUAUCAUAUUUUGUGUACUUGGACAUUCGGUUUUUUUAGUCAUAUUUUUGUAUUUCAGUUACCAAACGCCCCCUUUGUUUUUCCUUUCGGUUGAAUAAAUGUAGAUUGCCAUAUGGACAAAACUAAAAAUGUUGUGCUCAAAUGUCAAAAAAAAGAAAGAAAGAUACAUUUGUACGUGUACGUCUGUGCCUCUGUGUGUGUGUGUGUGUGUGUGUGUGUGUGUGUGUGUGUGUGUGUGUGUGUGUGUGUGUGUGUGUGUGUGU